UCCCGCCAGUGGAAAGAAAUACCAUUCGGCGUCCAGAAGGCGUCGAGGAAAGGUCGUCGUCGGAUAGCUGCAAUUCUUUUAGAGGAAAGAUAGUUCCACUUCGUCCCGAAGUUCGAAAUGUGUUUUCCAGCAUAUGUCAGGCAGGUAGCAGAUAUCCAAAGACGAACAUAAUCUCGAUGAAAACUAACUACACUGAGAAAGGAACAAGAGACUAGAAUGGCAAUUUGAGAAAAGACAGCAGCAGAAAAUAGAGGUCAACCUCCGGCUAGCUCCUGCGUUCCAACAUCUGGACGAGUAGAGAAGGACCUGAGAGCAUCUGUCGAAGGGUGAAAAGAAUAGGAGUCACAAACGUCCGUCGCUUUUCCCCCAGGUCUUUGCUCUUCCUCUUCAUUGCGAAGGGAACUGGCCAGUGCAUUAGUGUAUAUCACAGAAAUCAGGAAAAAUAUGACGAAAGUGAGAAUAGCGACGGUAUACAUUCGGUAUUCAACAUGAUUUAAAGUUUUGCCGUGAAAUAAAUAUAUCAUAAAAAAACUCUCUUCAGGAGAUUUCCUUAGUAAGCAGCAACACGGGCCGCUGCACAAUAAAUCAAAGACGGCUGAUUAAUAUCAGCGACUGUGAUUGCUCAUAGCAAAUAAGAUUUUGACAAAUGUGAAAUGAUACAAUCCAUAAAAUAUUCGAUUUACUCGAAAUCCAAAGCCACAGAGGCAAGGAUAUAUCAUUUACGAGAGAGCCGUUUUAUCCAUUUACAAUACGAAAUUAAGCAAAUUAUUUAAAUAUAAUACGAACCGUUCAAACAGGACAGAGCCCGAGCAGACAUGAGGCCAUGUAAACCUAUCGCCUAUAUCCUAAAUUUAAGUGGAACAUUAAUAUCAAGACAACACGAACCUCUUCUUUUCGUUUCGCUCCGAUAUGAGAAACUAUAAAAUAGUUAGAUAAGUAAAAAGUAGAUCAAGAGUACUGAAGAAAAGUUUUAAAAAACGAGUAAAAGUGAAUACAGUCUAAAAUUUUUGUGAAAUACUCGAUUCGUUGCACAAUGGUAUAAGUUCAAGUCAUAAGUGAUCUAGAUCAAGUCCAUAACCAGUGUUAUGUUCCCUUGAAUCAGAGUAGGAUCUGCCAUCAUUUCCUAGUGAACUGAAGUGGGACCCUUAAAUUGUAUAAGUGACCUGAAGUACAGUAAAUGGUGUCUAAGUAAACUGGAAAGGAUUUAGAAAUGACUUCUUCGUGCACUAAUGUAUAAUAUGAAAUGAUCUCCCAGUGAAUUAGUGUACAGUCUAACAGAACAUCAUAGUGAACUCAAGAACUAAAAUUACUGAAAGUUCACCGGCAGCUGUGGAAGAAAUUAAAACAUUAACUUACUGAACACUCGAGGUAUCGAAAAAGAAGCCAGUCACCAUGAGGGUAUCCACGUUUGCCUUUUGUCUGCUAGUGUGCAGCGCAAAUGCUGCUGCUGGAAAUAAGCAAGAGGCCAGCACCAAUGGAGAUGAAAACACUGCACUAGAAUCAAGUGAUGCGAGUGAAAACUACGACGAAAGUUUACUCACUGGUGAAGCACACCACCCCACCACUACUACCGUCCAUGCCAAGGAAACUGGCGGCUCAAGGACUGAGAUAGAAGACCUUUCCUUGGUCAUACUUUGCAGUUCUAAAAACAAAACGAUUCUCGUGAAGAAAGACUUCCUGUUUAAUGAUGUAGUUUUGAAUCAGAUUUGUGCAGAAGGAAAAGAAACAGUUCAUGAAAACCCUCAAUAUGAUAAAAGCGUAAACCCAAGAUUAUCUAGAGGUAAACGAGAUAUUAAUGAUACGGAGACUCCCGUUAGCGACCCUAAUUCCCAGGAAGCAGAACUGCCCAAAGCAGAGCCUUGGGUAUGGAAAGGCCCUGUGCAUCAGCCGAAUCAUGGCACAACUACAAGCAGACCCCAGUCUAUAGGAAACAUACUGGGUCAACGAAUAGCGAAUCACCAUAGAUCACAACCCUCCCGUGACUUAAAUCUACUCGGGUCACCGACGCGGAAUUCUCGGUUUCACCCUAAGCCGAAUAUGGAUAGCCAUUUACUCGAUACGAAACUGAAGCAAGAUAAAGUUUCGGCAUUCAACGGCAAUUCCAGGCAGUAUCCUUUGACUGACUCUUACUCAAGAUACCCUAAUGUGCCUCCUCGUCCUCAGCAAAACUAUUACGCGCCCCCUCCUUUCCCGUCUCUUGGUGGGGCAGGAGCUAGUCUCCUCAGUCUACUAAAUCCUUUAAAUCUAUUCAGGUUACCAGUGCCGCCUCAAUUACCAAUAGGUAACAACCAAGUACCAUACAAUACCAACCACUUAUCACCCACCACUAAUCAGUUACCAUACAAUACCAAUCAUCUGAGACAUUUACCCAACCCUUUGAAGCCAUCGUCUUACGAUAUUCGCCAGCCAGCCUGGUCUCAUGAGGAACGUCCCAAGGGAGACGAUCCUCCUCCAGAGAUAGGGAAAAUCAAGUACGAAAUCAUCAGAGACAACAAGAAACACGAGUAUGGCCAUGAGUUUAUGGAGGACUCCCCACUCCGGGAUGACAUCUACGUGGGAAAAGAUGGGAACCUGUACAUCAGGGAUGGUACAACUCAUGAAAACUCCUACUCAAACUUUCAGGUCAGUUCGUAUGCUAGUGAUGUUAAUGACCUAGUAUCUCCAACGCUGAAGGAGGAUGAUAGAUAUGAAGAGCCGGACAUUGAAGAAGACACAUUUGACGAGCAGUACCAACAAUUACUGAAGAACCACAAUAUGAAUGAGCAAGACCCAGUCGAUUACACUACACAUUUCAAAGACUUCGUCAAUGACCAUCAAGAUGAUUAUGACCUCAACAGCCUGGACUUCUAUAAUGACGAUGACAAGUUUUCAAAAAAUAAAAAAUCAAACGGUUUACGCGAAGUUCCGCUUGACUGGGUCCCUACACCGCCUGGUCGUAUUAAUUACCCCUCAUACUUCUAUGUGCCUAGAACUGUUAUUAUGCCAUCAGUGUACAGAUCUAGGCUAAGAGGCCCUAUACCGCCUAGAGUUGGAGGCCCUCCAGCACCUAAUUUGAGAUUAAGUGGCCACAAUCCUCUCAGCUCUUACCUCUUUCCAUCCUCCAUUUCUCGACCUCUAUCGCAAGGAUACGAACUGAGCGAUUACCACCGUCUAUUGCUUAAUGCCCAAAGAAAGUCCACAAAUUACGAAGAUCCCAGUGAUAAGAGGACACAAAGCACCACCCCAUCAGACACGAGAACGAUGACAAACGCCCACGGCUUUUACCCUGGCAAUGGAUUCUUUGAUGCCGAUUUCCCCACGGUAUUCCAAAUGGCACCAUUUAAACAAAGCUUGGAGGGCCUAUCUGCAGCAUUGCAGCCAAAUGGAACGCUUCAAAUAGACAUUAAAAAUUCCACAACUACUGCUGUCCAGUGAGAGAGAGAGAGAGAGAGAGAGAGAGAGAGAGAGAGAGAUGAGCUGGUUUCUGCAAUUCGUUGACCGAGUUCAUUGUAAUGACAAUCGAGUGCCCUGUAAACACCUCGCAAUCGGUUUUAGUCAUUCAAAACACAAACUGGGGAAAAGUCCAGAAGAGUGAACCAUAGAAAACUCAUUGUUUGAACUUUCGUAAAAAUUCUACUACACAAGUUUAACAGAGUCAUUUCUUACUGCAGAUGACUGUGAUCGUGAGUCGAGACGGGUUUCAGUUAAUAUCACCCAGGCAAUGACAAUGGCUAAACUGCUGGCCUUGAGGCUACAGGAGAGCGUAUUUUCAUCAUGCUGACUAAGGGGCUUCACUGCAUGGUUGCACGGACACAGCUAAAAUUAGUGAUUGAUAAAAGAAUUGGCGAAGAUGACACGAUCUGACGUCAUCACUCGGUGUAAACCACUGGACCUAGUUUCCGAAGAGUUCUACAAUCCAAUGUGACAUUUUCUUGCCUCGUAAAGAGAUGAAAAGGUCUGUAGGUUACAUGCGUUAGUUAGAAUAUAUACUACUUGUCUGGCUCAUCACUAAAUAAGAAGCAACAAAUGGAAAUAGCUAUAGUUAAAUGUAUCAAUGCACGCGAUCGCAUCCAAAGCUAUAUAUCGGUAACAUUUCCACGACAAUUUUAGUCUGGAUUUUUUUUUUUCAUCUAGAGAAACAGGAAGAAUUUGUGAUUUUACUACUAUGGGUAUUAUAUUUUUAUAGAUCUAGAAUAAGUUGUAAUAAUAAGAAUAUAACUUCA